AUGCUUUUCUAUGAGUCGUUUAACCAUAAUUAUGUAAUUUUAAAAAAUAUUUUUUUAAUAAAAAUAAAAUUUUUAUUUGUGUUAAAGGAACAAGUCCAAAUGGAAUGGACAAUGUCUCCAAUUAUUUUGCUAAAACCAAACAUAACUUUGCCCGAUUAUGUUUUAGUUGACUUUAAGGCUUCCAGUGUUAAAAGACUUUACCCACCCGGUAUAUGGAAUGAAUUGGUAGCCACAUUUACUUUCAAGAGACUAUAUGGUUUCUAUAUUCUUCAGGUUUACAUUCCAACUUAUAUUUCUGUUUGUAUGAGUUGGAUAUCUUUUUAUUUGGGCAAAGAUAACAUUCCUUCGCGUACAAUGAUUGGAGUAAAUUCUCUUCUUUCUUUAACUUAUCAAUUCGGAUCUGUCGUUGCUAAUUUACCAAAAACUAGUGAUAUUAAAGCUAUUGAUGUUAUGAUACUUAUAGCUAUGGGAUUUAUUUUUUCUUCACUUAUUGAACUUGCCGUUGUUGGUUAUUUAGUUAGUGCACAGACAGAGAAAAAAGAAAAAUUGCAUAAUUGUUGGUGGGGCUGUUUGUGCUGCCCAGAACUAACAGCCUCAAAAAUUGAUCAAGUGUCCUUUAUUCUCUUUCCCACAUGCUUUGUUAUUUUCAAUAUUUGGUAUUGGUUUAUUUUUAUGGGGUAA